UCUGAUCAUUUCCUUGAUAGGAAGAAAGAGACGACGUCUGGCGGCCCUUGGGGAAAGAGGUGGGGCUUCUGCUUGUCUUUCAACUUCUAAGGAAGCCAGGCUUCUAAAAAGCGGGCCUUGAGCGAGCAGCCAAUAGGCACUCUUUUUCUGGACUUGUGGGGCGUUCACUCGGAGAGUGGGGAGGUGGCAUGCGUUUGCCAAUCGGAGGAGGCAGGGGCUGGCCGAGAACAGGCGGCGACCAAUAGACAAGGCCGGUCAGAGCGCGCUCCCUUAGUAGGUGGAUGGUGGUCGGAGCGCCGGCUCCGUUCUCCUAGUCGCCAUUUUGUGCUGCUGAUUGCGGCCGGCUACGAGUAGGCGGCAGUGACUUUCCCUGUGGGGGCGUCGCGCUUGGCGCCUCUCCCCUCCCCCGCUCCUCCGUUCCGCCCGCAGCCGUGGACUUGAUUGUGGUGCGCACGGGCCUCUGGUGAGCUAGGAGAGUUGGAAGAGGUGGCGGCGGGCCGAGGUGAUGCCUGGGAGCCCUCUCUUGACAGCCCGGGCCGAGAAGAGUCCCUGCAGGAGGCAUCACCCAGGCUGGCAGAUCAUGGUGGCAGCAGCAGGGGUGGCUGGGAAGUGAAACGGAGCCAGAGCCAGCGGCUGAGGAGGGGCCCCAGCAGCCCCCGCAGGGCCUAUCAGGACAUGGAGUAUGAACGACGAGGUGGUCGUGGUGACAGGACUGGCCGCUAUGGAGCCACCGAUCGCUCACAGGAUGAUGGUGGGGAGACCCGAAGCCGAGACCAUGACUACCGGGACAUGGACUACCGCUCCUACCCCCGCGAGUACGGCAGCCAGGAGGGCAAGCAUGACUACGAUGACUCGUCUGAGGAGCAGAGUGCAGAGGAUUCCUACGAGGCCUCCCCGGGCUCCGAGACUCAGCGUAGGCGGCGGCGGCGGCACAGGCACAGCCCCACUGGCCCGCCAGGCUUCCCCCGAGACGGCGACUAUCGGGACCAGGACUAUCGGACCGAGCAAGGGGAGGAGGAGGAGGAGGAGGAUGAGGAGGAGGAGGAGGAGAAGGCCAGUAACAUCGUCAUGCUGAGGAUGCUGCCACAGGCAGCCACUGAGGAUGAUAUCCGUGGCCAGCUGCAGUCCCACGGUGUCCAAGCUCGGGAGGUCCGGCUGAUGCGGAACAAAUCCUCAGGUCAGAGCCGGGGCUUCGCCUUCGUCGAGUUUAGUCACUUGCAGGACGCUACACGAUGGAUGGAAGCCAAUCAGCACUCCCUCAACAUCCUGGGCCAGAAGGUGUCUAUGCACUACAGUGACCCCAAGCCCAAGAUCAAUGAGGACUGGCUGUGUAACAAGUGUGGUGUCCAGAACUUCAAACGUCGAGAGAAGUGCUUCAAAUGUGGUGUGCCCAAGUCAGAGGCAGAGCAGAAGCUGCCCCUUGGUGCAAGGCUGGAUCCACAGGCACUGCCACUGGGCGGGCGAGAGCUCAGCCAGGGCCUGCUCCCGCUGCCCCAGCCCUACCAGGCCCAGGGAGUUCUGGCAUCUCAAGCGCUGUCACAAGGCUCGGAGCCGAGCUCAGAGAAUGCCAAUGACACCAUCAUCUUGCGCAACCUGAACCCACACAGCACUAUGGACUCGAUCUUGGGGGCCCUGGCACCCUACGCGGUGCUGUCCUCCUCCAAUGUGCGUGUCAUCAAGGACAAGCAGACCCAACUGAACCGAGGCUUCGCCUUCAUCCAACUCUCCACCAUCGUGGAGGCCGCCCAACUGCUGCAGAUCCUGCAAGCCUUGCACCCACCGCUCACCAUUGACGGCAAGACCAUCAACGUUGAGUUUGCAAAGGGUUCUAAGAGGGAUAUGGCCUCCAACGAAGGCAGUCGCAUCAACGCUGCCUCUGUGGCCAGUACUGCCAUUGCUGCGGCUCAGUGGGCCAUCUCACAGGCCUCCCAGGGUGGGGAGGGUGCCUGGGCCACCCCCGAGGAGCCACCGGUCGACUACAGCUACUAUCAACAGGAUGAGGGCUAUGGCGGCAGCCAGGGCACAGACUCCCUCUAUGCCCAUGGCUACCUCAAGGGCACCAAGGGCCCUGGCAUUACUGGAACCAAAGGGGACCCAGCUGGAGCAGGUCCUGAGGCCUCUCUGGAGCCCGGGGCAGACUCUGUGUCACUACAGGCUUUUUCCCGUGCCCAGCCUGGUGCUGCCCCCGGCCUCUACCAACAAUCAGCAGCUGAGGCAAGCAGCAGCCAGGGCACUGCUGCCAACAGCCAGUCAUACACCAUCAUGUCACCUGCUGUGCUCAAAUCUGAGCUCCAGAGCCCCACCCAUCCCAGCUCUGCCCUACCACCGGCCACCAGCCCCACUGCCCAGGAGUCCUACAACCAGUACCCUGUUCCUGACGUCUCCACCUACCAGUAUGAUGAGACAUCCGGCUAUUACUAUGACCCCCAGACCGGCCUCUACUAUGAUCCCAACUCUCAGUAUUACUAUAAUGCUCAGAGCCAGCAGUACCUGUACUGGGAUGGGGAGAGGAGGACCUAUGUUCCUGCCCUGGAGCAGUCAGCUGAUGGGCAUAAAGAGACGGGGGCACCAUCGAAGGAGGGCAAAGAAAAGAAGGAGAAGCACAAGACCAAGACAGCCCAACAGAUUGCCAAGGACAUGGAACGCUGGGCACGCAGUCUCAACAAGCAAAAAGAAAACUUCAAAAACAGCUUCCAGCCCAUCAGCUCUCUGCGAGAUGAUGAAAGGCGGGAGUCAGCCACUGCAGAUGCCGGCUAUGCCAUCCUCGAGAAGAAGGGAGCGCUAGCUGAGAGACAACACACCAGCAUGGAUCUCCAGAAACUGGCCAGCGAGGACCGCCCAAGUCCACCUCGGGGGUUGGUGGCAGCCUACAGCGGGGAGAGUGACAGUGAGGAGGAGCAGGAGCGCGGGGGUCCUGAGCGAGAGGAGAAGCUCACAGACUGGCAGAAACUGGCCUGUCUUCUGUGCCGGCGCCAGUUCCCCAGCAAGGAAGCACUCAUCCGGCACCAGCAGCUCUCUGGGCUCCACAAGCAAAACCUUGAGAUUCACCGGCGAGCUCAUUUGUCAGAAAAUGAGCUAGAAGCGCUAGAGAAAAAUGACAUGGAGCAAAUGAAAUACCGGGACCGUGCAGCUGAACGCAGGGAGAAGUACGGCAUUCCCGAACCACCAGAGCCCAAGAGGAGGAAGUAUGGUGGCAUAUCCACAGCCUCUGUUGACUUUGAGCAGCCCACCCGGGAUGGGCUGGGCAGUGACAACAUUGGCAGUCGUAUGCUCCAAGCCAUGGGCUGGAAAGAAGGCAGUGGCCUGGGCCGCAAGAAGCAGGGCAUUGUCACACCCAUUGAGGCCCAAACACGAGUGCGGGGCUCUGGCCUGGGUGCCAGGGGAAGCUCCUACGGGGUCACCUCAACUGAGUCCUACAAGGAGACACUGCACAAGACAAUGGUGACCCGCUUCAAUGAGGCCCAGUGAGCAACAGCAAGAGCAUCCUCUGCAGAUGUGUGUCUAUUGGGGGGCAAAGGAGGAUGCAAUGUUGGGUGGUCUGAGGGAAGCCUUGCUCCUUUCAGCCUGCCUGCUCCCUAGGCAGAGAGGCCCUGACCCGAUCAAGCUUUGAGUUGGUGACUUUUGUUGGGAAAUUAGGCUGGAAUCUUGACCAUUUUGUAAUAAAAGCUGAAAAGCCCACAU